AUGCGGGCGCAGUGGCACUUCAUCCUCUGUUUAUUUUUGGCCACUUGGGCUAUUUCUGGCUGUUCUGCUGCCUGGGAAGAAGAGAUGGGGUCUGAUGCUGAUCAUUUUAGAGACAAGGCCAGGAGGGAUCUACUGACUUUGCUCGAAGCCACCCGGAGUAAGAAGAACCUCGUCAUCAGCCAGGAGCUGGCGGGUCCAGUUGGGCUGUUUGUCAAAUUCUCUGUGCUCCAGGAGUAUGGUGUGGACCGGGUCUUUCUGUUGGAAAAUGCAAACAUCGACUCAUCACAACGCAAUGUGGUCUUCCUGGUUCGUGGCGAGAAAGCUCGCCACGUUCGAAUUGUCGUAGAACAAAUAAAGCGGUUGCAGAACAAUGGCAACGUUGAACAUGAAUUCUCUAUCUUCUUCGCCCCGAGGCGAACUCUCGUGAGCAAUGCAGUCCUAGAAGAGGCGGGUAUCAUUGGCGACGUGAACGUCGCCGAAUUACCUCUCUAUUUUAUGCCCCUAGAACAGGAUAUUCUGUCGUUAGAGCUCGAUGAGUCGUUUGGUGAUCUGUACUUGCACAAAGACCCAGGAUGCAUAUUCCAUGCUGCAAAGGCUCUUAUGGGCGUUCAACAGCGACAUGGCUACUUCCCACGCAUUGUGGGGAAAGGCGACAAUGCCCGUCGUCUAGCAGAUCUCUUAUUGCGAAUGCGAAAGGAACUUGAUGCCGAAGAGAGCUCCGGAUUAGCCGACCCAUCUGCACGAGGACUCUUACCAAGUGCAAGUGUAGAGAACUUGAUUAUCAUUGACCGUGACGUGGACUUUGGCACUGCCCUUCUCACGCAGCUCACAUACGAAGGCCUAAUUGACGAAUACGUCGGCAUCAAGAACAACCAAGCAGAUGUUGACACAAGCAUUAUCGGACCUGCACCUACACCCCAGUCUCAAGAGUCAUCCAAGUCACCCCAGCAAGCGAAGCAGGGUUUGAAAAGGAAGAUCCAGCUGGAUAACUCCGACCAACUAUUCAGUCAGCUCCGAGAUGCAAAUUUUGCCAUCGUGGGUGAUAUACUGAACAAGGUGGCACGCCGUCUCGAGAAUGAAUAUGAAAGCCGACAUACCGCCAAAACAACAGUCGAGCUUCGAGAUUUCGUCCAACGCUUACCUACCUACCAGCUGGAACAUCAAAGUCUCCGAACCCACACCAAUCUCGCAGAGGAAAUAAUGCGACUGACCCGCUCCGAAACCUUCCGCAAAACACUAGAAGUUCAGCAGAAUAAUGCAGCAGGCGCCGACUCCACAUACCAACACGAGACAAUCGAAGAACUUAUCGCCCGAGACGUCCCAUUGAAAACCGUCUUACGACUCCUAUGCCUGGAAUCCUGCAUGUCAGGCGGUCUCCGCCCUCGCGACCUAGAGAAUUUCAAAAGACAAGUCGUACAAGCCUAUGGCCACCAACACCUCCUCACAUUCUGGGCCUUAGAGAAAAUGGACCUUCUCCAACCCCGUUCCUCAGCAACAGCCAUGCUCCUUCCAACAUCCGGCGCGCAAGCAGGCACAAAGACGAACUACAGCUACCUCCGCAAGAACCUCCGCCUCGUCAUCGAGGAGGUAAGCGAGAAAGACCCCAGCGAUAUCUCAUACGUAUACAGUGGAUUUGCACCGCUCAGUGUCCGUCUUGUUCAAUGUGUUUUGCAGAAACCGUACAUCCUCUCGCUUAUCAAGGGUGGCUCGCCUGCUGCGUCGCUGAAUUCCGGUAACGCUACCUCGCCUGGCUGGCUUGGUUUCGAGGAUGUUGUUAAAAGUGCUCGUGGGGCUACUUUUAGCAUUGUGCAGAAAGGUGAUGAUAAGGCUGUUAGGGCGCGUCAGACUCUUAGUGGUAAUUCUGCUACUAAGGCUGUCUAUGUUUUCUUCUUGGGUGGUAUUACCUUUACCGAGAUUGCGGCGCUGCGGUUCAUUGCUGCUCAGGAGGCACCGCGGCGGAAGAUUAUCAUCUGUACUACUAGUAUUAUUAGUGGUGAUCGGAUGAUGGAGGCGGCCAUUGAGAAGGGUAGUUUUGCAAAGGCGGAGUAA